CUGGAGCAUUUGGAGUGCCUUGUCUCAAGACACGAAAGGUCACUGAGGAUGACAGUGGUGAAACGGCAAGCACAGUCUCCCUCAGGAGUUUCCAGUGAAGUUGAGGUCCUCAAAGCUCUGAAAUCUCUGUUUGAGCAUCACAAGGCUUUGGAUGAAAAGGUAAGGGAACGACUGAGGGUUUCUUUAGAAAGAGUCUCUGCACUGGAAGAAGAACUAGCUGCUGCUAACCAGGAGAUUGUAGCUUUGCGUGAACAAAAUGCACACAUUCAAAGGAAAAUGGCAGCUGGGGAAGGGCCUGCCGAAUCAGAGCAUAUUGAAGGAAUGGAGCCAGGGCAAAAGGUUCAUGAAAAGCGCCUAUCAAAUGGCUCCAUAGACUCAAAUGAUGAAGCCAGUCAAGUUGUUGAACUUCAGGAACUACUGGAAAAACAAAACUAUGAAAUGGCACAAAUGAAGGAGCGUUUGGCUGCGCUGUCUUCACGAGUGGGAGAGGUAGAGCAGGAAGCAGAAACUGCCAGAAAGGAGCUCAUUAAAACAGAAGAAAUGAACAGUAAAUAUCAGAGAGACAUUAGAGAGGCAAUGGCACAAAAGGAAGAUAUGGAAGAAAGAAUAACUACGCUGGAGAAGCGCUACCUCAGUGCACAGAGAGAAUCCACCUCCAUACAUGAUAUGAACGAUAAGCUGGAAAAUGAACUGGCAAACAAGGAAGCCAUCCUACGUCAGUUAGAAGACAAAAACAGACAGCUGCAAGAGCGUCUAGAGCUGGCAGAGCAGAAGCUGCAGCAGACGAUGAGGAAAGCUGAAACCUUGCCCGAAGUGGAGGCUGAACUGGCUCAGAGAAUUGCAGCUCUGACUAAGGCAGAAGAAAGACAUGGUAACAUUGAGGAACGUAUGAGACACUUAGAAGCUCAGCUUGAAGAGAAAAAUCAGGAACUUCAAAGAGCAAGGCAAAGAGAAAAGAUGAAUGAGGAGCACAACAAAAGAUUAUCAGAUACUGUAGACAGACUUCUGACAGAAUCCAAUGAGCGUCUGCAGCUACACUUAAAAGAGAGAAUGGCAGCACUUGAAGAAAAGAAUGUUUUGAUUCAAGAAUCUGAAAGUUUUAGGAAAAAUCUGGAGGAGUCUUUACAUGACAAGGAAAGACUUGCCGAAGAAAUUGAGAAACUGAGAUCUGAACUGGAUCAAAUGAAAUUGAGGGCUGGUUCUUUAAUUGAACCCACCUUGUCAAGACCUCACCUAGAUACAUCAGCAGAGCUGAGGUAUUCUGUGGGCUCCCUGGUUGAUAGUCAGUCUGACUAUCGAUCAACUAAAGUGAUAAGGCGACCUAGAAGAGGACGGAUGGGCGUACGCAGAGAUGAACCAAAGGUAAAAUCACUUGGAGAUCACGAGUGGAAUAGGACCCAGCAGAUUGGUGUAUUGAGCGGCCAUGCAUUUGAAAGCGACACUGAAAUGUCUGACAUCGAUGACGAUGAUAGAGAAACGCUUUUCAGCUCCAUGGACCUCCUGUCACCAAGCGGCCAUUCCGAUGCCCAGACUCUGGCCAUGAUGCUUCAGGAGCAGCUAGAUGCAAUCAAUAAAGAAAUCAGGCUAAUCCAAGAAGAGAAAGAGUCGACAGAACUGCGAGCUGAAGAGAUAGAGAACAGAGUGGCCAGCGUGAGUCUGGAAGGCUUAAAUCUAGCCAGAGUCCACCAAGGUACCUCCAUUACUGGCUCAGUAACAGCAUCAUCACUUGCAAGCUCCUCUCCUCCCAGCGGACACUCAACUCCUAAACUCACCCCUCGCAGUCCAGCCAGGGAGAUGGACAGAAUGGGGGUUAUGACGCUGCCAAGUGACCUAAGGAAACAUCGGAGAAAGAUUGCAGUAGUUGAAGAAGAUGGGCGUGAAGAUAAAGCCACAAUCAAAUGUGAAACUUCUCCACCUCCCACACCCAGAGCUAUCAGAAUGACUCAUACCCUUCCUUCUUCAUACCACAAUGAUGCCAGAAGUAGUUUGCCUGCUUCAUUGGAGCCAGAAAGCAUUGGUCUUGGCAGUGUCAGUAGCAGCCAGGACUCCCUGCACAAAGCUCCCAAGAAGAAAGGAAUCAAGUCUUCGAUAGGACGUUUGUUCGGUAAAAAAGAGAAGGCUCGACUUGGACAGCUCAGAGGUUACAUGGAAACAGAGGCAGCAGUGCAGGAGUCUCUGGGAUUAGGGAAACUUGGAACUCAAGCAGAAAAGGACCGAAGACUAAAGAAAAAACAUGAACUUCUGGAAGAAGCUCGGAGAAAGGGUUUGCCUUUUGCACAGUGGGAUGGACCAACAGUGGUUGCCUGGCUGGAGCUCUGGCUGGGCAUGCCAGCCUGGUACGUCGCUGCCUGCCGUGCCAACGUGAAGAGCGGAGCGAUUAUGUCUGCUUUGUCCGAUACUGAGAUUCAAAGAGAAAUUGGAAUCAGCAAUCCUCUUCAUCGCUUAAAGCUUCGAUUAGCAAUCCAGGAGAUGGUAUCACUGACAAGUCCAUCAGCACCUCCAACAUCCAGAACACCCUCAGGCAACGUUUGGGUGACCCAUGAAGAAAUGGAAAAUCUUGCUGCUCCAGCUAAAACGAAAGAAUCUGAAGAAGGCAGCUGGGCUCAGACCCUGGCUUAUGGUGAUAUGAACCACGAAUGGAUAGGUAACGAGUGGCUCCCCAGUCUGGGUUUACCUCAGUACCGAAGUUACUUUAUGGAAUGCCUGGUAGACGCGAGGAUGUUAGAUCACCUGACAAAGAAAGAUCUGCGUGUGCACUUAAAGAUGGUGGAUAGCUUUCAUCGAACAAGCUUGCAAUAUGGAAUCAUGUGUUUAAAGAGGUUGAAUUAUGAUAGAAAAGAACUGGAAAAGCGAAGAGAAAUGAGUCAGCAUGAAAUAAAAGAUGUGCUGGUGUGGAGCAAUGAUCGAGUCAUACGCUGGAUACAAGCUAUCGGCCUCCGAGAAUAUGCAAAUAACAUUCUAGAAAGUGGUGUACAUGGUUCACUUAUAGCUCUGGAUGAAAACUUUGAUUACAGCAGUUUAGCUUUAUUAUUACAGAUUCCAACACAGAACACCCAGGCACGGCAGAUCCUUGAGAGAGAAUACAACAACCUUUUAGCACUAGGAACUGAAAGACGACUUGAGGAAAGCGAUGACAAGAACUUCAGACGCGGCCCCUCCUGGCGACGACAGUUUCCUCCACGCGAGGUUCACGGGAUCAGCAUGAUGCCGGGCUCCUCGGAAACGCUGCCGGCGGGGUUCAGACUAACCACGACGUCGGGGCAGUCGCGGAAGAUGGCGACUGACGUUGCUUCAUCACGACUGCAGAGGUUAGACAGCUCAACAGUGCGCACAUACUCAUGCUGACAAGGCCUAGCAAAGAAGCCAGCACUGAAUUGUUAUGUCAUCUCUUUCUUCUACUUUACCUGAAGUGCACUACCAGGACUUGGGAAACGGAGCAUUAAAGCUCUCUGCAAGAACAGGGUCAUAGGGCAGAGAACAUACCAGGUUUAUCAGAUGAACAGAUACGACGUUCCUUUCACGUAUUGGCUAGUUCAAAACGAACGUUAAAAAAAUACCGAAAUUACUA